UUCAAACAAAUUACCCCUCACCCCACCAAACCAACAAGAACCCUAAUCUUGAACAACUCAUUGCCAUUUUCAAAAUUCUAAUUUACGCGCCUCUUCACAUUCACCUACCGACGCUCCUCUUUCCUCUCUCCCCCAUCUUCCCACUUCCAUUCAAUCAAUCUCACCACAAACCCUAACACCCAAAUCAAACCCAAAAUGGGAGCCGCUGAAAGCCGCCAAGAUUUAGAACUAUCCGACACUGAAUCAGAAGAAGAACAACUCCACUCCGAAUCAGAAGAAGAUGAAGAUUACGAAGACGUUAAAGACCAUCACUCACCCAUCAAAACCCCACCCAAAACCCCAUCAUCUGUUGACGAAAUUGAAGCUAGAUUAAAAGCCCUAAAACUCAAAUACCAAUCCAAGAAUCAAACUUUAAAGAAUGCGGUUAAACUCUACGUUUAUUCCGGUGCAAAUACUGCUAAUUCGAAAUGGGUUGUUGUUGAUAAGCUCUGUUCGUUUUCCUUCGUUAACACGACGUCGAAUGAGGAAGAAGAUCACGAUGAUGAUGAGGAUUUGUAUUGGUUUUUGAAAGUUGGGUUGAAAGUUAAGGCAACAGUUGAUCAGCAGCUGCAAUUGAAGCCGAAUGCGGAUCAAUUGCGGAUCGAUUUCGUGUCGAAUGGGGUUUAUGCUAUGAAGUUUUUUAGUGUUGAGGAUUAUAAAAGGUUUGUUGAGGAGUAUGAGAAGUGUUUGUUUGAGAAUACUUAUGGGUUUGAGUGUAACGACGAGAAUAAAGGUAAAGUGUUUGGGAAAGAUUUUGUAGCGUGGGCCAACCCGGAAGCUGCGGAUGAUUCGAUGUGGGAGGAUGCCGAAGAUAGUUUUUCGAAAAGUCCGGGGUUCAAGACUCCGGUGAGAGGUAACCAUGAUUUGAGAGAGGAGUUCGAGGAGGCUGCGAAAGGCGGGAGUAUAAAAAGCUUGGCUUUAGGGGCGUUGGAUAAUAGUUUUUUGGUAAGUGAUUCGGGUGUUCAAGUUGUUAAGAAUUUCAGUCAUGGGAUUCAUGGGAAAGGGGUUUAUGUUAAUUUCGAUAGCGCGAUGAAGGGUCAUGUUGAAUCGACUCCUAGGAAAGCUCUUUUAAUGAAAGCCGAAACGAACAUGUUGUUAAUGAGUCCGAUGACUCAUGGAAAGCCACACACGAACGGGAUCCAUCAGUUUGAUAUAGAGACAGGGAAAGUUGUAACCGAAUGGAAGUUUGCAAAAGACGGGACCGAUAUUACAAUGCGCGAUGUGACAAACGAUAGCAAAGGAGCGCAAAUGGAUCCUUCGGGUUCGACUUUCUUGGGUUUGGAUGAUAACAGGCUUUGUAGGUGGGAUAUGCGUGAUCGACACGGAAUUGUUCAGAAUCUUGCUGACGCAAAUACCCCUGUUUUGAACUGGACGCAAGGACAUCAGUUUUCUCGAGGGACUAAUUUUCAGUGUUUUGCAACUACUGGAGACGGAUCGAUUGUUGUCGGUUCGGUUGACGGGAAGAUACGACUGUAUUCCGUGAGUUCCAUGAGACAAGCCAAGACUGCUUUUCCGGGUCUCGGGUCACCAAUUACGCAUGUGGAUGUUACGUAUGAUGGGAAGUGGAUUUUGGGCACGAGCGAUACUUAUUUAAUCCUUAUUUGCACAUUGUUUACUGAUAAAGAUGGGAAAUCAAAGACGGGCUUUGCAGGACGUAUGGGAAAUAGAAUUUCGGCCCCACGGCUGUUGAAGUUGAAUCCCCUUGAUUCACACAGGGCUGGAGUAUUUAAUAAGUUUCGUGGCGCUCAAUUCUCGUGGGUAACGGAAGAUGGGAAGCAAGAACGCCAUCUGGUUGCUACGGUGGGUAAAUUUAGUGUGAUAUGGAACUUCCAACAGGUGAAAGACGGAUCUCACGAAUGCUACAGAAAUCAAGUGGGACUGAAGAGCUGCUACUGCUACAAGAUUGUCCCCAAAGACGACUCAAUUGUUGAUAGUCGUUUCAUGCACGAGAAAUUUGCAGUUAGUGAUUCACCGGAAGCUCCUCUGGUCGUUGCUACUCCAAUGAAAGUCAGCUCUUUCAGUAUAUCGAGUAGCAGGCUUUCUUAUGCUUAAUCAGUGGUUUUUGUUUGUUUCUUAAUCUUCUUAGCAGUUAAUUCUGUUAAACGAUAUCGUGGAAAAGUUGAUUGUCAUUUAGUUGUUAGCAACUAUAUUGUUGUUAUGGAUUUAUGGUUAAGGAGAACCUGAAUGCUUGGUUUUUAUUUGAGGUAAGAUUUAGAUCUUCUUAUUAUUUU